AUGGAGGAUACUGCUGGGGGGCCCCCCAGGGGGCCCCCCGGGGGGCCCCCCAUUCCUGCAAAGCAGGACCUGCAGCUGCAGCAGCAAAUGGUUGGGGCCCCUACUGCAGCAGCAGAAGGCUCCAGCAACCUGGGGGCCCCAAAGCAGGGGCCCCCCAAGUGCAGCUUGGAGGGUACUAGCCUCUCUGCUGCGCCAGUUUGUGCUGCUGCAGAAGAAGUUGGGGGGGCCCGCUUGAGGCCUUUUGCUUCUAAAAGGGCCCCUGGGGGGCCCCCCAGGCUUGAAGACAUUGACCCGUGGAGUGUCUCUGCUGCUUCCCCGCAGCAGCAGCAAAACCCUGGCCGGGAGCCCCAGCUGCUGCUGGGGGCCCCCCACGAGGAGGCCCCCUGGGGGGCCUCCUGGGGGGCCCCCCGAGCCUCGGGGGCCCCGGGGGGCCCCCCAAGGGCCCCCACAGCAGCACAGUCGCGGCUGUCAGAGCUAAAAGAGGCAAAAGAAGACCUAAAAGGGUACAGUAAAGGCAGCAAAGACCCCUGGGGGCCUCCCCAGGGGGGCCCCCUUGGAAGGGAGCGAAGGGGGCCCCUGUACCCUCGCAACCCGGCAAGAGAAGGGGCCCCUAGGGAGGGGGGGGCCCCCACCACAAGACUCUGGGGGCAGCAAGCCCAGGGGGGCCCCACAAGAACAUGCAAGGGGGGCCCCCAGGGGGCCCCUAGAGGCAAAGGGGCCCCCCAGGAGGCAGAGCUGGGGGGCCCCCUGAGGGUAUCAGAGGCCACAAGACUGGGAGGCCCUCACCCGCAAGCCACUAGAAGGCACCCCUACCGUGAGCAGCAGCAGCAGCAGCAGCAGCAGCAACAGCACAAGGGGAGGCUCCAGGAAGAGGUACCUCAUUUAGGGGAACGGUGGGCCUCAAAUGCCUCCAGGGGGGCCCCCCGAAGGGGCCCCCUGCCAGCGGGGGAAAAGAGGCCCUCGCCGUACCCUUGUGUACGUGGAAGCCCCCGCAGCAGCAGCAGCAGCAGCAGCAGCAGCAGAGCUCAGGGGGUCACCUCAUACCACUCGCCCCACCGCUCCUGGGCGCAGGGCUAUAGGCGACGGAGGUACAGCAGCAGCAGCAGCAACAGCAGCAGAAGCAGCAGCAGCAGCAUCAGUAGGAAGCGCUGCAGCAGCAGCAUAAGCCGCAGGCACCGGCGCCGCAGCAGCGAAGGUCAAUUCAGAAGACGACGCAGCAGCAGCCGCAGCAGCAGCAGCAGCAGCAGCAGACUGCUCAAGCAGCAGCAGACUGCGCAGCAGCAGCAAGAAACAGGUGCAGGACUACCGCAACAGCAGCCACUUCACAAGAGGCCGAAGCAACCGCAGCCGCAGCAGCAGCAGCAGCAGCAGGAACAGAAGCAGCAGCACCAGCAGCAGAAGGGGACCGCGCUGCCGCCCAUCUCAGGUGAAAUACCGGCAUAG